GUCGCCAUGGGCAAGCGGGCGGCCGUGGUGCUCGCCGGCUGCGGCGUCCUCGACGGCAGCGAGAUCCACGAGGCGUCGGCGGCGCUCGUGCACCUCAGCCGCGGCGGCGCCGAGGUAAAGAUUUUUGCUCCCAAUAUUGAGCAAAGGGAUGUAGUCAAUCAUUUAAAAGGAAGCCCCACGGGAGAGAAGAGAAAUGUUUUAGUUGAAAGUGCCAGACUGGCAAGAGGCGACAUCCAGGAUUUGACUGAACUGAAAGUUAGUGAAUUYGAUGCAGUCAUUUUCCCUGGUGGGUUUGGUGUAGCAAAGAACCUGUGUUCCUGGGCAGUGGAUGGCCAGAACUGCACUGUCAAUGAGCACGUGAGAGCCACGCUCCAAGCUUUCCACAGCGCCAAGAAGCCGAUCGGUCUGUGCUGCAUAGCCCCCGUGUUGGCWGCGAAAGUCUUUCCUGGUUGUGAGGUCACUGUUGGCCAAGAUAAAAAUGUUGAUGGAAGAUUUCCCGAUGCUGAAACAGCAUCUGCUAUAGCAGAGCUUGGGUGUAAGCACGUUUGCAAAAAUGUGAAUGAAUCCCACGUGGAUAAAGCCAACAAGAUAGUCACUACCUGUGCUUUCAUGUGCAAGGCUCCUUUGCAUGAAAUUUUUGACGGAAUCGGAACAAUGAUAGAAGAAGUUCUGAAACUUGCCUGACUGGAAGAGUGCAGAUGUCUGCAAGGAAAUACACUCGCUAAACUUCAACAUCUAGCUUCCUUUGGCUGUAUGAAUAAAAUAGUGCUAAACUUCACUUUUUUUUUUUUUUUAACCUGUAAUACACUAAAGGGUUACUGCAACCUGAUCCAUUUUUCCCCCUUUAAAUUAGCAACUAUCUGUUGAAGG